AUGAAUUUCAUUUGAUUGCCACCUACAGGUUUGCAUUCGAAGUGGCCAUUGGGGGGGCCAACAACGGUGGCACUGUGUGUGAUAAGCAUGCUGUUGAAAAUGCUGCCUGCCUCAGGCACAGCAUGUCCACAAAAAUGCAGAUGCGAGGAGCUGCUCUUUUAUUGCGAUUCCCAAGGUUUUCAAGGAGUACCCGAUAAUGUCUCCCACGGGUCUAUUGGCUUGUCGCUCAGGCACAAUACUUUUGUUGAACUGCAAAAUGAUCAGUUUACAAAAUUCAGCCAACUUACAUGGCUCUAUUUAGAUCACAACCAGAUUUCUGUUAUUCAAGUGGAUGCCUUUCAAGGACUAUAUAAACUCAAAGAAUUAAUCCUCAGCUACAACAGGAUUGUGCGACUGGCAAAUACUACAUUCAGCCAACUGAUUAACUUGCAGAAUCUGGACCUGUCAUUUAAUCAAAUUACUUCUCUGCAACCAGAGCAAUUCCAUAGCUUACGUAAACUUCAAACACUGCAUCUACGUUCAAAUUCACUAAGGACCAUUCCUGUCAGGGUUUUCUGGGACUGCCGAAGCUUAGAGUUUUUGGAUAUAAGCAACAAUCGUUUGCGAAGCCUAGCUCGUAAUGGCUUUGCAGGAUUAAUCAAACUCAAGGAGCUUCACCUAGAGCACAACCAGCUGACAAAGAUUAAUUUUGCUCAUUUCCCUCGGCUAAUCAGUCUCCAAACACUAUUUUUACAGUGGAACAAAAUUAGUAUCCUGCUAUGUGGAAUGGAAUGGACUUGGGACACACUGGAAAAGCUCGAUGUAACUGGAAAUGAGAUUAGAACAAUUGAGUCUAAUGUUUUCUUAACAAUGCCGAACCUAAAGAUACUUCUGAUGGAUUCAAAUAAGCUUACCACGCUGGGUGCCCAGAUUGUUAAUUCAUGGAAAUCUUUAACUCACAUCGGUCUUUCUAGUAACAUGUGGGUUUGUAACAAAAAUAUUUGUGCCCUGGCCUCCUGGCUAAGCAGUUUCCAAGGUCGAUGGGAGAAUUCAAUGGUUUGUGCUAGCCCACAGCACACACAAGGCGAGGACAUCUUAGAUGCUGUUCAUGGAUUUCAAAUCUGCAGUAAUCUUUCAGCAACUACCACACAAAUAACUACUGGCUAUACAGACUCUACACAGCUAUCAGAAUCCACUGAAUACGCAACAGAAUUAAUGUCUACUGGCUCCAGUACAGAGGAUACUGAAAAUCCCACUAUAGAAACAACUACUGAAGACUUCCUUGAGCCUGAUAAUACUCUCUUUACUCACAGGAUAAUAACUGGAACAAUGGCUCUAUUGUUCUCUUUUUUCCUCAUUAUCCUUGUGGUGUAUAUAUCACGGAAAUGCUGCCCCCCUACUCUAAGACGUAUAAGGCAUUGCUCCAUGAUGCAACACCGGAGGCAAAUUCGCCACCAAGCCAGGCAACCCAUGGCAGAUUUAUCCACACAAGUACCCUAUAAUGAAUAUGAGCCCACCCACGAGGAAGGCGCACUGGUGAUCAUAAAUGGUUACGGACAAUGCAAGUGUCAGCAGCUGCCUUAUAAAGAAUGUGAAGUAUAA